CCGGAAUAGAUCCAGAAAACACAACUCACAAUGAAGGCCGUUCUCCUCUGUGCUUCUCUGGCUGUUCUCCUGGCUGUUGGUCAGUGCGCUCCUGAUUUUCGGCAAAUUAUGCAACAGUGCAUGCAGGAGAACCAGGUGACUGAGGCGAAUCUGAAGGACUUCAUGGCCCAGGGAAUGCAGGGCACUCCCAGCCAGAACCUCCAGUGCUACACAAAGUGCCUGAUGGAGAAGCAGGGACACCUAGUCAACGGCCAGUUCAAUGCCCAGGCUUUAAUAAACACCCUGAAAGAGGUGCCUCAGUUUGCCGACAAGAUGGACGAGAUCACAUCCGGCGUGAAUGCCUGCAAGGACAUCAAGGGCACCAACGACUGCGACACUGCCUUCAAGGUGACUAUGUGCCUCAAGGAGCACAAGGCCAUGCCAGGACAUCACUAAGAUGUUUCUCUUGUUUUUCUUCUAUCUGAGAUUGCCAAACUCAGAUGGUGAAUAUUGUGUGAAAAAAUAAAGUUGUUCAAGUUGCAGUAAAGCAAAAGCAAA